AUGGACAUUGCUAGUGGAGACCUUAACAAUGCGGUGGUGGCGAACUUCGACGCAUGUCUAACGAUGUGUGAUAAUAAUGCGGCUUGUGUCGCCGCUGUGUUUGACCAAACUGCUGCUGGCGUGGUCAACCUAUCACAAGAGGGCCACUGUUACCUGAAAGACUCUUCAAACGGCGGAGCAGUCCCCAAAAUGUACGACACGGCUGUUAUGUUGAUCUCUCGCCCUGCCACCACUACCACCUCAACGAUGGGGUCCACAACCACCACGACCACUUCUAUGACAAUCACAACUACAACUUCUACGUCGACAACAACUACAACCAGCACGACAACCAGCACGACGACCAGCACCACUACUACUACCAGCGCCAAUAGUUCUCCAACUUAUACAGCCAUAUCGAGUCCUUAUACAGCAGCCAAUAACGACAAGUUCGAGCUUGAAUGCAACACUCAAACUGGUGACACCCAAAUUGGAUCUGUUCAGAAUAGUGCCUCCUUUGCCGACUGCAUGGAGUCAUGUGCCAAUGUCCCAAGCUGCCAAUACGCCCAGUACCAGUUCACAGAGCUUCCUGCCGACCCGCCUUUCAAUCCAGACCCCACAACCAUACAAACUUGUACAUUAUACGCCGACAGCAACGGGGUGCAAGGUAACGCUGGGUUCGAUCUCGGUCGCAAGCUUUCUCCUAUAACAGGAACUUGUGCUGACCAAACCGACCCCUUCACGACCAGCUCGGGCGCACAGUUCAAUCGCCUCUGCGGCCAGGAUUGGAAUGCUGGGGCCGGCGGCUAUUCAAGUAUUACCAAUAUUGCCGAUUAUGCUUCGUGUGCAGAAUUAUGUGGGCAAAACAACGACUGCCUUGGCUUCUUGGUUUACGGAUCACCGCAACUCCAAUGUUACCAAAUAGCGAGCGGCCUAUUUCACAACACCUUUUACGACGGCCCUGACUAUAAUAGCGGUACCAAGAUUCAGCCUUAAGGUAGUGAAAUUUCACAGGUUGUGGCGGUUCUUACCAAAGCCUGAUCGCUGCAUACCAUGAUGACUCUAAAAGAGAAAAGGGGAACAAGGCUCCUGGCAGAGCAGAUUUUCGUCGCUG